UUUCUGCUAUUGCUCUAGUUCUAGUAAGGGUCAUCAUGACUCAAAGUUGUUACUUGCUUCUACGUAUGUGGCUAGCCCCUUAUACCCACCAACUACUUUCCUUGGAACAUGACUCUUCUCCAAAGCAAAUAUCUUUGCCCAACAUGAAAAGUACUUGUCUAUCAUAUCAUCUUGUUUCAAAUUCUUGUAAUGGCUUACUGUGCUUGUAUUCAGAUUUUUCUUGUGGAAGGGAUGUCUUUCUAUCCAACCCAACUACAAGGGAAGUGAGGCUUCUUCCAUCAUCAGAUUUGGUCACAAAAGUAAAAGAUGGAAUGAUACUAGGUGUUGGAAUGGGACAUGAUUAUAGAACUAACAAUUUAAUUAAGGUUGUAAGGAUGUGGGAAAGUUACCGUGAAUGUCGUCGUUGUAAAGAGUAUAUUGUUGAAGAAUAUGAUCUGAGAAGUGAUGCUUGGAGAACAAUUCAAAGUUCUAAUCCAUGGUGUUGUGAGUUUGACACUUCUUGUUUUGCAAUGCAUUUCAAAGGGAUUUAUUAUUGGUGGGCAAAACUUAAAGGCUUGACUACAACGAUUCUUGCAUUGAAUGUGGGAGGUGGGAUUCUUCACAAAGUGUCGUUGCCAAAAGAUAUUGAUAUUAGUAGUUCAAAUGGAAGAUAUUUGGGUGUUUUGAAUGAGUGUAUGACAUUGGUUUGCCGUAAUUGUUGUGAUCAAAAUGCCAACUUUGACAUUUGGGUGAACGAUGGAAGUGGUCUUGGGGAUUCUUGUUGGAAUAAACUUCGAACCAUAGAGCAUAGUUCACUUUGUAUGCCAUUAGCCUUUUGGAAGGGUAAUGAGUUUCUUGUAAAAGUAUUUGAUAAAGUGAGAUCCUAUAAUGUUGAAACAGAGGAAAUUCAUAACGUUAAUUUUGAGAAUAAAGGGGGAGAAAUUGUUGAGAUAUAUGAAGCCAUAUUUUGUGUGAAGAGUCUAGUUUCAGUCAAUCCUCUACCAUUAAGUAUUGAGUUUGAGAGAUAUGGUUAGUCUCUCCCAAAACAUGGCAAGCCAAAGUUUGAAGAGAGAGAUGUCAACAUUUAAUAUUUGACUUCUUUCACACAUAAUUACUUCCGGUGAAAAGGACAAAGUGUAAA